AUGCCGGAAGAAAGGACGAUCCGCAUCUUUUGCUUCGGUGACUCGCUGACGGCGGGGUACUCGGCCUACGGCGCCGUCUACCAUCCGUACUCCAUUACCCUCGCCAAGAAGCUCUCGCGGGAUCUCUCGAACACGCGUGUUGUCGCGACCGACAACGGUAUGCCCGGGGACGUGGUCUCGCAGGGCGCCUUUGAGAAGCGGUUCGAGAGCGAGAUGAGCCAGAACACAUAUGACUGGGUCAUCGUAUUAGGCGGCACGAAUGAUCUCGCCUACAGCGUACCUCCAGAAAGGAUAUUCGACUCCCUUCGCCGGGUCUACGACUCGGCCGUAGCCAAGGGGAGCAAGGUCCUCGCGCUUACAGUCCCCGAACGCGCCGCCAAGAAUGAAGGGAUCGAAACUCUCCGGCGACAGCUCAAUAACGCCAUCCUCUCAUACCAGUCACCUAACUACCACGCUUUCGACCUCAAUUCCAGGAUUCCCUACCACUCUCUGACCGAGCGGGAACGCAACCGGUACUGGGAUGACGGCCUACACCUAACGGCCGCCGGCUACGACUGGAUGGGCGCCCACGUCGCCGAGGCUCUCGGCGACCUCGUCGAGCUGGAACGGAACCCGGAUUCGCGGAGGGCGCGGCGCGCGCGGCGCCACAUCGAGGAGGAGAUCUGCUUCGACGAGGAGGACGGCGAUCCGCGGUCGCUCAGCGGAGGGUACGUGGUCGUGCGCAUGAGAGACUUGAACUAG